AUGCCAAAGUCACCUGCUAAGGGAAGUCCUCAGAAGAAGGGCAGUGUGUCUACUAGACUGAGGAAGAGAUUGAAGGAGAGUUCUACAAAUAACAGUGCAAGUGAUAAAGAUACGGGUCAGGACAUGUACGUGCCAAACCCAGGUCCUCAGGCUCUAAGUGACUUUGUCAUGGGUACUGAUCAUGCAGGCUCUAGUCAAGAAUCUCAAGCAGAAUCUCUGCCAGAGGAAGGGGAGACGGAUCUAGAGAACUCUUCUGGUCCAGAUGAGGUCAAAAAACAUUGUCAAAUUAUCAAGAGGCUUAGCAGCAGAUUUGGCCUGACGCCCAGUGAUGUUCUACAGGCCCUGUGGGCGAACAGUGGCUCCCUCCGCAACACAGUGCACUGGAUUCUCUAUGGGGUAGACACUUCAGGGUGCCCUGCGUGGAGUGAGGAGGAUGACGAGUUGUUAGGAAGUACGAGGAGCGAGGAUCUGAAUGCACUGAGGAACAAGUACGGGACACAGCGCGUUCAUCAGCGAGCAGCUUUUCUCGAGGACUCCAGCUUGAAAUAACCUCGCCUCGGCCAGCAUGUGCCUAUUUAUUCUUCUGAACGAAAAUGAAAUCUGCAGCAUUCAGAGACAUUUGAUUUGAAUAAACUGUUAAUCCAA